AUCAUAUUAAUGUAUUUUGCGUUUGUUUUUCUCAUGUAGUCAGUGAAUGUUGAAAUAAAAUGUUAUUGGAAUAAUUCUCUCUGUAUGAUUUUUUUUAACGAAUGCAUGUAUCUGCACCUGCACGGAUCAAGUAAAAUGUAUAUAAACACACGCGCAUUGAAUACAGUAAUGAAGUAAUAACACACGUCCUCUGCUGCAGAUGCCAGAUGCGUCGGUUCGGUUCUGCUGGACCGGAGCGCGCGUGACUGAUCGCGGAGCGUCACGUGCCUCCGGUGGACACCAACGAGCGGUGCAAAGUUCCCGAUGGUCCUGAGGGGUGAAACGGGGAUGAUCGUACAGUCAGAGGAAGCAAAGGACAUCACCUGAGACCCGCUGGCCGUGUACCGAGAAAUGUGUAACGCGUGCAGCUCUGGAGGAUGCAUGCGGGGAUUUAACGCUUUCUGCAUUGUUGCAAUGCGGCGCAGGAGACUCUGAUGAGAGCAGAUAUCUGGGGCAGUAACACUGGGAUUGCUGGCGUAUCGUGCUGCUUUAUUCUGGAUCCGCGCGUCCGAUCUGCCCGUCUCCGGUUGCGCAUUACAUGCGAGGGUCCGAGCGCGCGUCUCCUCUCCAGCGCGACUCCGUCUGUCUCCGUUCGUCCAUCCGACCCCGUUAAACCCGCCGACGAUGACCAGCACCGACCAGAACCAGCAUCAGGACGGGACCAUGACGGUCUCCAAGAAAUCCAUCAUCGCCAAGAUGUUUGAAGUGCGCAAGAGGAGAGAGAUGCUGCUGGCGCAGGUGUGUUUGGUCUGCAGUGUGCUGUUCCUGGCGUGGGGCAUGUCAACCCUGCUCACGAGGACAGGUCACGGCAUGACUGUGGAGGAACCGAUGGAGUCACAUGACCACUGGGGCCGACGGCUGAUGUCAUCAGCAUCUGAUAAUGACACGGUGGAGAAAAACUGCACCGCACCAGCCGUCCAUGAAUUUCCCGAUGACAUGUUUACCAACGCUGAACGAAAGAGCGGCGCCGUACUGCUACAUAUUAUCGCGGCUCUCUACAUGUUCCUGGCCCUGGCAAUCGUGUGUGACGAUUAUUUUGUGACGUCUCUUGAGAAGAUCUGCGAGAAGUUGAAUCUGAGUGAAGAUGUGGCUGGUGCAACGUUCAUGGCGGCUGGAAGUUCUGCUCCUGAGCUCUUCGCUUCUGUUAUAGGCGUUUUCAUCACUCACGGGGAUGUUGGUGUCGGGACCAUCGUGGGUUCGGCGGUCUUCAACAUUCUCUGUAUCAUAGGAGUCUGUGGCAUCUUUGCUGGACACGUGGUCUUACUGACCCGGUGGGCUGUUUUUCGUGAUUCGUUCUUCUACAUAUUGUCUGUAGUCGCUCUGAUCGUGUUCAUCUACGAUGAGAAGAUUGUCUGGUGGGAGAGUUUAAUUCUGGUGUUCAUGUACGCUGCGUAUAUUCUCAUCAUGAAAUUCAAUGCAAGCAUGCAGAAAUUUUUCACAAGGCACUGCGACAAAAACGUUGCAAAUGGAAACGCGGCGAGCGGCAGUGAACUCGAAGAUGUCAAGUCCAGUAAAGCGUUCAGUCGGGGUUCUGUUGUCAUGGUCGAUGAGAUCAUCAACGCCAGUCCACCACAUUACCGUUUCCCUGAAGCGGGUCUACGUAUCAUGGUCACCAACCACUUUGGACCCAAGACUCGUCUCCGCAUGGCCAGUCGUCUCAUUAUAACAGAGCGUCAGAGGUUGGUCCAGGCAGCCAAUGGUGUUGAGACCGCUGUGGUGGACGGUAAACCUGACAUUGAAAAUGGAAAUGUACCGGAGGACAAAGGCACUGAAGAUAAAGAGAGUGAGCUCAACUCACCGUUCACACUACCAGGCGGCUGUAUGAACACAACUAAAUGGCUGAUCUCUUGGCCGUUAUUGUUGAUCUUGUACUUCACCAUCCCAAACUGUGCCAAACCUCGCUGGGAGAAAUGCUUCAUGCUGUCUUUUAUCCUCUCCACCGUCUGGAUCGCCGUCUUCUCAUACCUGAUGGUUUGGAUGGUGACAAUCAUCGGAUACACGCUUGGUAUUCCUGAUGUUAUCAUGGGCAUCACAUUUCUGGCAGCGGGCACGAGUGUUCCAGAUUGUAUCGCCAGUCUGAUUGUCGCUCGGCAAGGUCUGGGGGAUAUGGCUGUAUCAAACACUAUCGGCAGUAACGUGUUUGAUAUUCUGGUGGGUCUCGGUCUUCCCUGGGCUCUACAGACCAUGGCCGUCAGUUAUGGAUCAGUUGUGAUGAUAAACAGUCGAGGGCUGCUUUACUCUGUUGUGCUUCUGCUGGGGUCUGUAGCGCUCACCAUUCUUGGCAUUCAUCUGAACGGAUGGAAGUUGGACUUUAAGCUGGGUGUUUAUGUGCUGGUGCUGUACGCCAUCUUCCUCUGCUUCUCCAUCAUGAUCGAAUACAACGUCUUCACUUUCGUCAACUUACCCAUGUGUCAAGAAGACUAGAAUGUCUCCUGUCAUCCAUUUCCCAGAAUGCACCAUCAGUCUCCUCUAAUGAUGUUGACGUGGUGACCAUCUUGCACUUUGAUCUCAGUUUGAUCUUCCUUCUUUCACUCCUGAAGCAUCAUCACCUCAGGCUGGAUGAAUGUGAGGUUUUAUAGCGCUCGAUUAAAGCUUCUCGCGUCGUCUCUGGCUGUAUGGAAACGCGCAUUUCACUGUGGACGAACGGACGGAUCGGAUCUUCCAGUGAGCCCUAGGAAGAGAAAGCUCUCUUAGACAGCACUUUUUCUUUUCUUUUUGCUGCAAAACGUCUUUUGUAAACGUUGUUAGAUGAACUCUUUUUUGCUUAGACGACUGUGAUUUGUGAUUUUUUUUCAGCACGGCACUUUUUGGUCUACAAGAAAAUGAAGCAGUUACCGUUUUGCACGUGACCUAUUACUAUUAUCCAAACAUCAUGGUGACAUAACCUCAUGUAGGACUUUUUUUCUGUAUAUUGAUGAGGUACAGACAGAGAGCUCGGGCAGAUUUGUUUUGGGUUGCUCCACCCGCAGUGAAAUCCCAUUGGCAUAACGUGAAGCACCAAAUGUAAAAUCGAAUAUGUUCUGCUGCGUUUGCAUCACGUCACACAUUACUUUGCGUCGCAUGGUGCCUGGUUAGUACAUAGUGUAACGAAUAUUGCAGAAUUGAUUGACUUAUUUUUGUGUAUAAAAAAGAACGUUCUAGAGUUUCACAGCACAAAUUGUUUCUUCAUAUUAAGAGGCUUUCAUUAUGAACUUGCUUACUAAGAUUUGUUCAUUUAGAAGUGAGGAUUCGGGUGGUAUUGGACUGAUCUUGUCAAAGCAGGUUGGUAUCAGGGAUGCUCGUGACACCGGAUGUGGCGAGUGCACACAUUUCAAUGCACAUUUACGCUCACUUCAAGUCUUGAGGCAAAAUGUAGAAAUGCGCCCUUUAAUGCGAGCCGCGUGUAUUUAAUUUCAGUCGGUCCGAUGUGUGUUUGUGUGUGUGUUCGUGUCAGGGAAUCCUCCUCCUCUUCCGUACCUGAUGACUCCGUGAG